AUGGAGAAUGACGGCGGCGCAACCGUGAAUUUGGGUAGAACAAGGGGAAAUUGUGUUUCUGUUGAUUGGGAAAUUUGGGGAUUAAAUGGGGAAUUGGGUUCUGAACUUUGGAUGUCGGAAGGGGACGCGAAUAGUUGUGAUUUUAGUGAUAAAAAUAGACAGGCUAAUAGGAAUUUGUUGCCUAGAAAACUCAAUCCGUCCGAUACUUUUAACGAGGUAGCUGCAGCGGCACUGGAGUUUACUGGGUUUCAACACGUUUCGCGAGUAGGCGAAAUGAGAGGUCAUUCUGCACUACUGAGUGCCUUAGUAGAACGCUGGCAGCCGGAGACUCACACAUUCCAUCUUCCGGUCGGUGAAGUCACGGUGACGCUGGAAGAUGUGGCCUACAUUCUUGGUCUCCCGAUUAAUGGGGAGGCCGUUACGGGUAGAUCAGACAGCAGUCACCAGUUUUUUGUGGAGAACUGCAUUGCGUGUUUUGGUCGGGAGCCCCGGUCCGCGAGAUCACGUGUUGGGGAAGGUUAA